CUACAUCUCCUGCUUCUUCUUCCCAGUUCUGCAACUCUGUACUAAAACCCUAAUUUCAGUCGACCUAGCUGAAUUCAGUCAUCAUGGCCACAUACGAUUAUGAUGAUUCACGGGCCAACUAUGACGAUCCCCGUCACGCGCCGGUGCCUUCUCCGGCUGGCCAAGAUAUUGGCUACGACCCUAAUUUCGUUCCAGAUUCUGUCAAAUCCUUUGUCGUUCAUCUAUACCGCCAUAUCCGUGAGAAGAAUGUAUACGAAACACAUCAAAUGUAUGAAACUUCAUUCCAGACGCUAUCGGACCGCCUAUUCAAGGAUACUCCGUGGCCGUCAGUAGAUGCUGUGGCUCAUUUUGUUGAUAAUGAUCAUGUCUUUUGCUUGCUUUACCGUGAGAUGUGGUUUCGCCAUCUUUAUGCGAGACUGUCGCCAACUUUGAAGCAGAGGAUUGACUCAUGGGAUAACUAUUGUAGCCUAUUUCAGGUGGUUUUGCACGGAGUCGUGAAUAUGCAAUUGCCUAACCAGUGGCUAUGGGAUAUGGUGGAUGAGUUUGUUUAUCAGUUCCAGAGCUUCUGCCAGUAUCGGGCUAAGAUGAAGAACAAGACCGAGCAGGAAAUUUCGCUUCUGAGGCAGUACGAUCAGGCUUGGAAUGUAUAUGGUGUGCUCAACUAUUUGCAAGCAUUUGUGGAGAAAUCCUCAAUCAUUCAUAUUCUUGAGGAGGAGAAAGAAGGUCUUGAACAAUUUACACUUACUGAUGGGUAUGACUAUAGUGGUGGGAGUAGUAAUGUUUUGAAGGUGUUGGGAUAUUUCAGCAUGGUUGGAUUGCUUCGGGUUCAUUGCCUGUUAGGUGAUUAUCACACUGGUUUGAAGUGCUUACUCCCAAUUGACAUAACCCAGCAAGGUGUUUUCACUAGUGUGAUUGGAAGCCAUAUUACAACUAUAUAUCAUUAUGGGUUUGCCAACCUGAUGUUGCGCAGGUACGUUGAUGCCAUUCAUGAAUUUAACAGAAUUCUCUUGUAUAUUUAUAAAACCAAGCAAUAUCAUCAAAAAUCUCCUCAGUAUGAGCAGAUUCUGAAGAAGAACGAGCAGAUGUAUGCUCUGUUGGCAAUAUGUGUUUCGCUUUGCCCACAAGUGAAGCUUAUUGAUGAAACUGUGAACUCUCAGUUGCGUGAAAAGUAUGGUGAAAAGAUGAUGAGGAUGCAGAGAUAUGAUGAGGAAGCUUUUGCCGUCUAUGAUGAGCUUUUCUCAUAUGCUUGUCCCAAGUUCAUCACUCCAUCUGCUCCUAGUUUUGAGGAGCCUUUAGCAAACUACAACCAGGAUGCCUAUAGGCUUCAAUUGAAACUAUUUCUUUUUGAAGUAAAGCAACAACAAUUACUAUCUGGCAUCCGCACCUUCUUGAAAGUGUACUCCACCAUCUCCCUUGGGCAGCUUGCCAUUUACAUGGAAAUGGAUGAAUCAACUCUAAGGACGAUAUUGUUGACAUACAAGCAUAAAACCCAUGCUGUUGACAGUGUUGGAAAAAUCAUGUCCAAUGCAGAUGUGGAUUUUUACAUUGAUGAUGACGUAAUCCACGUUGUCGAAUCGAAGCCUGUAAAUCGCUAUGGAGAUUUCUUCUUGCGGCAAAUUGUUAAACUCGAGGGGAUGAUUAAUGAUUUGGACAGAGUGAAACUGGACUGAGAUCUCUGUAGUAAUGUUUGGUUGAACUGGCUUUUUUGACGACGGCAGGUUUGAACUAGGGAACGGUUGCUCCAUUUAAGGACCUGCCUUUUCCAUUUUUCAUCUUCACUCUGCACUUCUAUUAGUGGUUGUAGAUCAAAUGUCACUCGGAUAUGAGAGUGUUGAAGGGCUUGUGCCUGAGUUUUUCCUUUUGGGUUUAUGAUUCUUGGCAUUCAUAAUAUAUGUUAUUAGCUGAUAGUAUGAAAUUUUGAGAUGUUCAACUAAGGCCUCUUUCUGUUCUAGUUUUCCUUGUAUCUAAAACUGCGUUUAAUAACUGAGAGCUUCAUGAUCUGA